UUACUUUUCUAACAGGAAUGUGUUAAUGUGGAAGUCUCUGGGAGCACAAAGACAAUGCAUCUUGAGUUGAACUUGACCAUUGAAAUCCUGAAAUUAUAAACGAUUUGGUGAUGAGCUGAGCUUGCAAUGCAGGCAAUAAAAACCGUAGAAAAAGAAGUGACUUUUAUAAAGGAAAUACUUUUCACAGAAUCCUUCCUAAAGAAACAAGAGUGCAGCAGAAGCCUGGAGAGCAGGCAGCUCCGUGAGCAGCAGCCAUUGGAAGGAGCUGUCUGCAGCUCUCAGUGCUGUACUGAGCAUGUCCCAGCGGAGCCCUGUGCAAGCAGCACAUUAUGCAAAAAGGCAGCUCUAGCAGAUGGGAGAGAGUCACAGCAAGCAUUUGCUUCACUUGCAUCACCACCGCUUGAAAGCAAACCUGGAUCGCUAGAGGGGAUCUCGCCGGCAGGCCAAAGGAAUGAAAUCCGGGAGCAUGGCUUGACUGCCGAAGGUGUUGCACUGCGAAAAAUCAUGGGGAAUCAAGAUGGGAAGCUGAAGAAAAAUACAGGUGAUGUACAUGAAGGAGGAGAGGACGCCUCUGGGCCCAAGGAUACAGAUGGCACAAAGAAGGUAUCGGGAAGCAGAAGGGGACUGGGGAAGCAUGCAAAAGGAAGUGAAUCCAGUAAGAAGAAGGGUAAGUCAGACUCGAGGGCCUCGGUGUUUUCAAAUCUGAGGAUCAGAAAAAAUCUGUCCAAGGCUAAAGAUGGGAAUAGUAGUUCACGGGAGGAUGUUUUGGAAAGCCAGGCCUUGCAGGCUGGAGAGCUGGACAGUACUCAUUCAAUUGUAACCAAAACUCCAGAUAUAAGCAUCUCUGCGGAUGAAGGGGGUCUCUCAGACACAGAUGGGGAACAUUUUGAAAUCAGAAAUGAAACUGUCCCAGCUGCUGCAGAGACACAGGAUGGACAAAGGACCAGCUCUGGCUCUGAUACGGAUAUAUACAGUUUCCAUUCAGCCACAGAACAAGAGGACUUGCUUUCUGAUAUCCAGCAAGCUAUUAGACUGCAGCAGCAGCAGCAGGGGGCAAUUAACAUUGGAACUGAGGACCUUGUCACCAAAACAAUAGGCCGACACAUGGCUAAUUCGCAAGCAGCCCCCUUAGAUUUUGAACGGUUUCUUUCAGUAACUACCACUGACAAAGAGAGGAGUCCAGACACUGAGGGGGCUUUUCCAGCGAUAUCUGAAAUUGCAGAAAACAUUCCCGUCUCCUGUGCAACUGAACGUGAACGGAAAGAAGCGGUAAAUGGCACAGGCUCUCCUGGUAACGGCUUAUUUGAAACACAAGAAUGUAAGCUAUUGAUUGAGGAACAGGAACAGCUCAUUGCUAGAGUGGAUGCUGUAGCUAGUGAACUAGAAGAUGAUUCCAAUAGAACUGUGGUAGAAAACGGGUCUCAGACACACAGCUCUACACGACCUUUUCCAACCUCGGUAGCAGAUGCUGAGACUAAAAUUGCUGAAGUGCAGGCUGUUGAUUUGCAGGACUCAGUAACAGAGGAUGAUAUUUCAGAUGCAGGCCAUGAUCAUGCUGCUCAGACUCAGGAAGAGGAACACCCUCUGUCAGCCAGUCAAGAGGACCUGCAUAAUGGUUUAUCCACAGAAAUGAAAAAUGGCAUUUUGUCCUCUGAGGGGACAGCAGGCAGUCCGAUGCUUGGUUCCCGAUGUUUUAAGCCCUAUCUAAUUAAUCCUUGUUACAUCAAAACCACAACUAGGCAACUGAGUUCUCCCAACCAUUCACCAUCUCCCUCCCCAUCCCAGAGCCCACUUUUUACAAGAAGGCAGGAGUCCUUCCACAAAAAAGAAAAAGUCUCAAUCAAGAAGCAGAGGUCUGCUAGUUUGGCAGGUUUAUUUAGUCGUUCCGCAGACUGGACAGAAGAGGUAUCUAAUCACAAAUGUGAGAUAACACAGAAGGUGGGCUCUGCAGGCUACUUGGAGCACAAGGGGUUUAGAGAGAAAUUUCAAACAGAAAGAGUGCCUUUGACUCAUUCAAGAAAGUCCUCAGGGGUGCAGGCUUCUGCAGAGACGUUUCCCAAUGUUUUUUCAGGACGAACACUGCUGGAAAAGCUCUUCAGCCAGCACAAAAAUGCACCACAAGAAGAAGCGGAAAAACUAUGUUCUCGCAUUAUUGCAAUGGGUCUUUUGCUUCCUUUCACUGACUGCUUCAGAGAACCAUGUAAUCAGAGUGCCCAGCAAAGCACACCCACGUUUGAUCAAGACCAGCUUUAUACUUGGGCUGCAGUUAGCCAACCCACACAUUCAUCAGAUUACAUUGAAGGAAGCUUUCCAAGGAGAAUUCCAUCUGUGUGGCCCCCACCCAAACCUCCAGAUGAAGAACAAAGACUCAAAAUUACGGAAGAAGAGUUGAAAUCUACUGUCCUAGAAACAGAGAAACAAUGUAGUUUCAUACUGAAGCAAGAUGAUUUUGAGGUGAAAUCUGAGGAGCGUGCCAGUGUCAUUCAACAACUUGAGCAAACUAUUGAGGAUCUGAGGACCAAAAUUGCAGAACUAGAGAAACAGUUCCCUGCUGCAGAGGUACAGACUGCUGGGAGGGAGCAGGAAAAUGAGCACAUGAACGCAGUCUGCGGGGAACUCAGCAGUGUGACUCCUCAAACGAACGGAGAGGAGACCGUACCCAGGGCUGUGUCACAAGCAAGAUCUGUGCAAACAUCACCAACGGAGGAUUACUUAACACACACAAUGCCUUCAGCUAAUGCACUGCCACAGCCACCCCCAACACCGCACUUAGAAGGGGGCAAAAGUGAAGAGCCAACUCGGAAAUUGCCAGCUUUAGAACUACAGCCCAUAUUUUGUUCUGAAAUCUCCUUAAUUCUGUCGCCGAAGCUGAUCUCGGUGCCACUGGAUGCAAGCCAAUCAGUACAGAGUACGCCGCAGUCACCUCUUCUAGGACCCAAAAUUAAUUUGUCCCUUGCAUUUGAAGGAGAGACUGCAAUGCCAGCUUCCCAUCAGCCUCUAAGUACUGUAGAUGUGACUUGUAGUGAACAUCCUCUUUCUUUGCGCCCGGAGCCCACACGUAGCAUUGACCCAUCACUGCCAGCCACCGAACCGGCUGCUCCCCUGUCUGGAGCACAUGUCCCUUCCCUUGCCACUCCCAUGUCCAUGGCAGGAGUACCACCCCCACCACCCCUGCCCGGCUUAGGACUUCCUCCUUCUGCUGGCUCAGCAGUGCCACACCUGGACCACUUUUUGCCGGGCAUGCCACCACCUCCUCCUCCUCCUGCUCCACCUUUGCCAAGGGAGGAGAUACCUCCUCCACCUCCUCCACCGCCUCUGCCUGGUGCAGGUGUCCCCCCUCCACCGCCUCUGCCUGGUGCAGGUGUCCCCCCUCCACCUCCUCCACCGCCUCUGCCUGGUGCAGGUGUCCCCCCUCCACCUCCUCCACCGCCUCUGCCUGGUGCAGGUGUCCCCCCUCCACCCCCUCCUUUGCCUGGGUUGGGGAUGCCACCUCCAGCCCCACCACCUUUGCCUGGAGAAGCGCCACCCCUUCCAGCACCAGCCCAGGGCAGCACCUACCCAGCAGUCCCACAGGGCUGUGGGUUUCUUCCUCCUCCGUUACCAUCUGGUUUAUUUGCAAUGGGGAUGAAUCAGGAGAAAGGGAGCAGGAAACAUGUGAUAGAGCCUUCUCGGCCAAUGAAACCUCUUUACUGGACAAGAAUUCAGCUCCACAGUAAAAGAGAUUCUAGUGCUUCACUUGUGUGGGAAAAAAUUGAAGAGCCUUCCAUAGAUUAUCAUGAGUUUGAAGAACUGUUUUCUAAAACAGCUGUUAAAGAGAGGAAGAAACCCAUUUCGGACACCAUUACAAAAACAAAGACUAAACAAGUUGUCAAGUUGUUAAGUAACAAAAGAUCUCAAGCUGUUGGAAUAUUAAUGUCUAGCCUUCACUUAGACAUGAGGGACAUUCAGCAUGCUGUUGUGAACUUGGACAACUCUGUGGUUGACCUAGAGACCCUUCAAGCCCUGUAUGAGAAUAGAGCACAAUCAGAUGAAUUAGAAAAAAUAGAAAAGCAUAGCAAGGCAUCCAAGGAAAAAGAAAAUGCCAAGUCUUUGGAUAAACCAGAACAGUUUCUCUAUGAACUCUCACUAAUUCCCAACUUUUCAGAACGUGUAUUUUGCAUCCUGUUCCAAUCAACAUUUUCAGAAAGCAUUUGUUCAAUCCGUCGCAAACUUGAAUUGUUACAGAAACUGUGUGAGACAUUGAAAAAUGGGUCAGGAGUUAUGCAGGUCCUGGGUUUGGUUCUUGCCUUUGGAAAUUACAUGAAUGGUGGAAAUAGGACGCGAGGACAGGCUGAUGGGUUUGGACUAGAUAUCCUGCCAAAACUGAAAGAUGUCAAGAGCAGUGACAACAGCAGAAGUCUUCUAUCUUACAUUGUCUCAUACUAUUUGCGUAAUUUUGAUGAGGAUGCUGGAAAAGAACAAUGCAUCUUUCCUCUUCCAGACCCACAAGAUCUCUUCCAGGCUUCGCAAAUGAAGUUUGAAGACUUUCAAAAAGACCUCCGCAAAAUGAAGAAAGAUUUGCGAGCAUGUGAGACAGAAGCAGCAAAAGUUUAUCAGCUAUCACUAGAAGAGCACCUCCAGCCUUUCAAAGACAGCAUGGAGCAAUUCAUUAGUCAAGCUAAAAUAGACCAAGAAAAUGAAGAGAAGUCACUGACAGAAGCACAUAAAAGCUUUUUGGAAACUGCAGCCUAUUUCUGUAUGAAACCAAAAAUGGGAGAGAAAGAGGUGUCCCCACAUUCUUUCUUCAGUAUUUGGCACGAAUUCAGUUCUGACUUCAAAGACUUCUGGAAGAAGGAAAACAAACUUAUUCUUCAAGAAAGAGUUAAAGAAGCAGAGGAAGUCUGCAGGCAGAAAAAGGGGAAGUCGCUGUACAAUAUAAGACCAAAACAUGACUCCGGAAUUAAAGCAAAGAUAAGU